AGACGCUGCUUGCUGUAUCUGUGCGCGUACGUCGCCUGGGCGCAGGAUGAUCUGGAAUAUGACGACUACGGGGCGACGGGCACAUCCACAUCAAAACCCCCAAAUAAAACCGUAGACGCUCGAGGUCAUCGUCCCUCAACCAGGGGCAGGGACCAAUACACCGCUCCUCGCUAUGUCCCCCCUCCUAUCAGCGGCGGGCACAGGUAUCGUGGACGCCCCACUCAGACUACGGUUGGAAGACCACAGGUGCAGGAGAAGAAGGAGAUCCCUGAUGCUGGAGGAUGCACACACGCCUCAGAUGAGAUGGGUGUUUUGUGUCCUAACGGCUGCGAGCUGAAGACGGCACUGCUGAAACAAGAGAGGAGCGUCAAAGCGGGCAUCAGUGACCUCAAGCCUCAGGUGGAUGACCUGACCCGCUCCUCCAACAACGUCUACAACUACGUCAACAGCAUCUCCAACUCUCUGAGGGAGAGGCAGAGAGUCAUCACCGAUAACAACAGGGUGGUCAGUCAGUACACUGAUAGCGUGGAGGAACAACAUGCCUACAUCAAGGACAUAGUGGACAAUACCUUCCCUUCCAACAUCCGGGUGCUACAGGGGGUCCUGGACAAGAUCAGGCUGAAAAUCCAGAAGUUAGAGAAAGCCAUCCAGUCCCAGAGGGGAUGCAAGGAGCCGUGCAAGACCAACUGUCUACCUGUGGUGUCUGGUAAGGAGUGUGAGGACGUCUUCCGUCGUGGAGGAAGAGACUCUCAGAUGUACCUGAUCCAGCCGGACGCCUUCCCGGCAUACAAGGUCUUCUGUGAUCAGACCAGCCAGAAUGGAGGAUGGCUUCUCAUCCAGAGCAGGCUUGAUGGCAGCGUUGACUUCGGUCGGCGCUGGGACGAGUAUCGUCGUGGUUUUGGCAACAUCGCCUUUGAUUCUGGCAAGGGUCACUGCGAGACUCCAGGUGAAUACUGGCUGGGUAAUGACCGCAUUAGUCAAGUGACCAAGAUGGGCCCCACUGAGGUUCUCAUUGAGAUGCAGGACUGGACUGGAGCCAAAGUCAACGCCCAGUAUCAACAGUUCACCGUCCAAUCAGAGACCUCCAACUUCGUGCUGGCUGUCGGUGGUUACUCAGGUACCGCUGGCAACGGUUUCAUGGAAGGAUCUUCUGAGCUUGGUGAAAACCGCACCAUGACCAUUCACAACGGCAUGAUGUUCAGUACCUACGACAGAGACAACGACAACUGGACCCCCGGUGAUCCCACCAAACAAUGUGCCAAGGAAGAUGGAGGCGGCUGGUGGUACAACCGCUGUCACUCAGCCAAUCCCAACGGCCGGUACUACAUCGGCGGCUCCUACACACGUCAGAUGGCCAAGCACGGCACGGACGAUGGAGUGGUGUGGAUGAACUGGAAGGGCAGCUGGUAUUCCCUCAAGGCCAUCAGCAUGAAGAUCCGGCCUUACUUCGCCCCAGGAUAGACCACGCUGCCGGUGCCAACACACACACGAGCAUAUAACACAAACAGGAAGCUGCCAAAAUAAAAGACAAACACAUACAGGAAACUUCAAAUAAAAGACAUUAAAGUAAAGUGUCCUUAACAAGCUUUACAAUCAGUGUGUCCUUUAUUUGAGCUGUAACCUUUAAGCAGAUGGACACACACACUUACACACAGCUGAGUCCUGACCUGCUGUGGAAGUUAAAACCCUUGAAAUGAAAUGAUGCAGCUUUUAAAGUUAAAGAAGAAUGAAGAAAGAGAAGAGAUGUUUCAUGUCUGAUAAAGAGAAAGGUCUUCUGUUGUGGAUGAGUGUGCUGUGAUCUGUCUGCCUGUGUUAUAUGUGACGUCUUCAGUGUGCACUAACAGGACGAGUUGAUCACAACUCUCCUCUACUACUCAAUAAACAUGUUGAGGAACAUA